AUGUAUUAGCCAAUAGGAGCUCUUCACUGGCAGGAUCCGCAGACGUCCUCGCGGAAGUGGAGUCAGUCAAAGAAAGAACAUCAAAUUAUGAGUUUCCAUUUCAAUCAGGGUUAUCCAGGAGGAAGUAACCCCCCUCCUGGAGCUCCAUACAGCAGCCCCUAUGCGUCUCACCCCUCUGCUCCUUAUGGAGGUGCUGCGGGGCCACCAGGAGGCCCCUAUGGGGGCUAUGGAGCCCCCAGUCAGGGUGGGCAUUAUGGACCUGGAGCGGGUGGUGCUCCUGGCGGGCCCUACUGUGGAUACAGGGCUCCUGCAGGUAACACGCCCCCUGGUGUUAACCCGGAGGCGUUCCAGUGGUUCCAGAGCGUGGACACUGACCGCAGCGGCUUCAUCAACCACAGCGAGCUGAAACAGGCGCUGGUCAACUCCAACUGGUCCACCUUCAAUGACGAGACGUGCCUCAUGAUGAUCAACAUGUUCGACCGCACGCGCUCCGGUCGCAUCGACCUGUACGGCUUCUCGGCUCUGUGGGACUACAUGCAGAGAUGGCGAGCUCUGUUUCAGCAGUACGACCGGGACCGCUCAGGGUCCAUCAGCGGCGCCGAGCUCCACCAAGCUUUGGUGCAGAUGGGUUACAACCUCAGCCCCCAGUUCUCUGAGACGGUGGUGCAGCGCUUCACCAUACGGGGCGCGCGGCCCGGCAUCCAGCUGGACCGCUUCAUCCAGGUGUGCACGCAGCUUCAGAGCAUGACGCAGCUGUUCAGAGAGAAAGACACGAGCAUGACGGGGAACGUCCGCCUCAGCUACGAGGACUUCCUGUCUGGAGCCAUGACGAGGCUCAUGUGAGCCGCGGCGGGGAGCGACCUCCAUCCACGUUAGAUACCGUUUGCCAAAAGUGCCUGCUGCACUGCUGCACCCCCCACAGCCUCUCUAUAGACACAUGAGUGUUACCUCAGACAGGAUUCUGCAGCUGUCAGUCUUUAUCUGGUGAUGAUGAUGCAAAACAGGUUUAGAGUUUCUGUUACUCAGAGUUAAACUCAGUGAUUCUACAUAAAUGACUCUGUUUCUGUAAAAGUUAAAGUCUCCUCCAGAGUCAAACUGACCCGAGUCUCAUACACCUGCAGACUGAACUCCUGCUGCAAAGAACUCUGGGUAGGUUCAAUUUGAUUUAUCACUUCUAACCAAUUUGUACUUUAUUGAUUUAUUAUUUUCUACAUAUAUUCUUUAAAACUUAAAUUCACUUUAACAUAUGAUCAAAUUAUUAAAAAAUAUGUACUAUAAGAAAAUAAAAAAAUCAAGAGUUUCAGAAUUAUGGGAACAAUUUUAUUAACAUUAAUAAAAUAAAAUCGUUUUUAUUUUUACUGAAUUUACAUUUUUAAUCAAUGUUUUUAUUUCAGUUAUUAUUUUAUUAGCAUUUUAGGGAGAGAAUAUUCAACAAGUUUAAUGAAGUAUUAGGACCACAAAAAGAAAAAUACAUUCAUUACUUAGGAGAAAAGAGUCGUGAAAUUAUCAGAAGAAAGUAAAAAGUUUACGAGAUAAAAUUGUAAAAAUACGAGAAAAUGGUUAAAAAUGUAUGAGAAUGAUCAAGAAAUUAUUAUUUAAAAAAGUCAAGAAUUUUAAAAUAAAAAAAAAAGUUUAACAUUUACGAGGAUAUAGUCAUAAAAUGAUUGGAAAAGAAGAAAAUAGAGUCAUAAAAUUCUGAGAAAAAAGUCAAGAAUUUACCUGAAUAAAUAUGUAACAUUAUGAGAAAAAAA